AUGGAAAAAGAAAUGCCACAAGACCCAGAAAGGAUGCAGUCUCUUCACUCGAAACUUCAUCAAGAGGCGGAAAAGAUAAGACAGUGGAAAACAUCAACAGAAAUUGAACUAAAGCAAAAGGAAAGAAGGCUUGUAGAAGCUUCUCAAAAGCUAGAGACACAAAGAAACGCAAUACUCGAGCUACAGCUCCACAAUGAACGCAUCAGCUCAAAGCUGCAAGACGAGAUGGCUUGUCGACAAGAAGUUGAACAAAAAGUCACUUCUACGAGGAUCAUGUGCAACGCCUUGAAAGAUCAUUUCGCUCAUCUUAAUAAAAAGAUAAAGGAAGGAGAAAAUGAUCGCGAUGAACUGAAGCUUAUAGAUAAACACCGUAUGGAUCAAUAUCAGGAAAUGCUUAUCAAAUUUCAAGAACUGGAAAUCGACCAAAAGAAAAAACUUGACAGCAUGAAGGCAAAAGUUGAGGAAGAAAAGGACAGAUACGAAGAUUGUAUUUCGAAUUUACAACAUCAGAUAAGUUAUCUAACAACAGAAGGAGAAGAAAUUCAGAAAAAGAUUGACAUUAUGAAAACGAGCGUGACGGAAAAGGACAAGGAAUGCGAAAGACUAAAGAAAGAAAGAGAUAAUCUUAAAGACAGAAUAAACAAGAUGGAUAGUGCAAUAAUUUCACUGCAAGUAACAUUAGAGAACACGGAUGAAAUGCUGUUGCGCAGUAAGGAAGAAACAAAAAAUAUGGAAGAAGACCUAAAUUUCAGCAAAAGCAAGUUAGAAGAAUGUGAAGAAAUAGCGUCGCAGCAACGCGAAGAAAUAGCAAAGAUUGAGGAGAACUAUCAAGAGGAUAUUCGUAAACUGAAAGAACAGAUUACAAACUUGCAAGAGAAUGCGGAGAAUAAACAGAAAAGGUUGGAAGAAUGUAUUGUUAAAUAUACGAAAUCUAUGAAUGAAAUCCAGCUACUAGAAAAAAAAUUAGAUUCUGUUUUGAAGGAUAAUGACGCAAUCAUGGAGGAACUCGAAAUAUUAAGAAAAGAAAAGACUGUGUUUGAAGAUCUAAAGCGCAAAUUCCAAGAAUCAAAGAAUGAUAUCUCAACUCUUCAAAAGGAAAAGGCUGUUUGGUCAGAGAAAAUCAUGGAAAAGGAGGAAAGUAUAAGAAACCUAAAACAGGAAAUCGUGAAUAUGAAAGAUAAUCAGAAAGAACAAGCCAAAAUCAAAGAAGAAAUUCAGUGUGUUCUUGAUCAAGAAAAGUCUGUGAACUCGAAGCUACAGCAUGAGCUACAACAAACAAAGGAGAAGGAGAAAGAAAGGAUGAAAAUGCAUGAAGAUUACACAAGGCUUAAAGAAAAAUCCGUCGCUUUGGAAGAAAAGUAUGAAAAGCUAAAUGAGUAUGUCGAGGAACAACAUCACAAGACAACUGCAUUAAUGCAACAGGAAGAUGCCAACGUCAAGAAGUUGAGAAAUGAAGCGCAGGAAAAGGAAAAGCGCACAAAAUCAUUGGAGAAAAAGUACGAGAACCUUCAGGCACAAUUGGGUACAAAGACAAAGACAAUCAAGGAACUUCAACAAGAGGUAAAGAGUCUCAAGAGUAAGAUGACUUCCCAGACUAAACAAUCAGAUAAACUCGAGCACCAGGCCUCAUCACUGUCGGACCAAGUGAAGAACAAAAAUGAAGAAAUAAAAGAUCUUACAACACAGGUUGCAUUAGUUCUUCUCAAAAAAUCUAAUGACCAACAAGAAGCAACAAACAAAUCACUAUUAUCCUUCGAGCAAAAGAUUGAAAGCUUAAAGAAAGAGUUAAAAGAAAAAGAAAAGAAAACAAUUUACCUUGAAGAAGAAGCUGUAAAGUUAAAAGAGUUGUCAGAUCAGUCUGUAAAAGAUAAAGAUGAUGCAAAAAAGACGUUUGAGCAACAAAUGGCUGAACUUUGUUCGACAUUGGAAAAAUACAAGAUGGAGAAUGAACGAAUCGUUGCCCAAAAAGACCGGGAACUAAACCUAAUGCGACAAAAACUGAAAGGGGAUAAGGAGGAGUCUACUCAGGUCCAAGAAAAAAAGAUGAAAGAAAUGAAAGAAAAGAUUGCUUCACUCCAAAAACACUUAGAAACUGCAGCCGAAAAACAGAAAGAGCUGGCUUCAGCCUUAGAAAAAGAGCAAGGAACUGUUCUUUCUCUUCAAAACCGCUUGUCAGACGAAAAGGAAAACAUGAAAAGCCCACGCACGCCUCGAAAGGGAACAGAACAUCAGGUUCCAGAAACACCUGAAGUAUCAAAGAAACUUGCAGGGACUACAGAAGGGUUCUGGACACCCCAAACAAGUGCAAUGACGACACCCAAGGGUAUUAGGACCCCAACUAUUGUACGAAGCAUUUUAAAAGACCAGUCAGGUGGUUCCAAGAAAAGGCGAGUUGUAUUUGCCGAAUCAGAUGUGGCUGUAUCAAUAUCUUCAUCUGAUGACGAAGAAUGCUUGCCCAAAACCAAUAAGGAGGUGACUGACGACAAAGAAGUUAAUGUGGAUGAUAGGAAAGUUCCAUCUCAUGUAAGCAAACCGAAUGUGCGUCAUUCUCCCAAACCAGCAUCUUGGAAAGAGGACGAGAAUAAGACUGUUUCUAAAACACAGCAGCUUGUUGUAAAUGAAACCAAGCCACUAAAACCCGUGCCAAGAGGAAAGCCAGUGAGGAAACCAAAAAAGAUGAAAAUGAGCAAGGAGGAUACAGAUGAGCUGACAAAGUUUAAAGAUCUUUUCCCUGACAUAAAGAAUACAGAAACGUUGCUGGCUAAAACACCUGCUGGUCGAAAAACGUCAACAGAGAAGAAGAAGAACGCCCCAUUCAAAAGCAAAAUAAAAGAAAUCAAGCCUAUUAUCAAAAAGAAAACGACGGGAGAUGAUAUUUUAGAUUGGUUCGACACAGAUGCUCUUUUUGGGUUCGGAGAAUGCGACGAAUAAUAAAUAAGUAACCAUUAAUAUUAGGCCUGAACCGGUUGUUAGUUCCUAGCCAAGAUUUUGGUUUGUUUAUGCAAAC